UCUAUACUCAUUGUUUACCUGCUGAUUUGAUAUAAAACGUAAAAAUAAAGAAAAGUGUUUAAUGGAUCCCCUCGAACCAGAUGUAUUCACCACAAAAACUAAGGAACUCACACCGGCGGAGAAGCAGAAGCUGGAGGAACAAGACAAACGUGGUCUCGUCUCCGAGUUCAAAGCCAACAAACUAGAAAUUGACGCUCAAAGAAACUGGGAUAUAUUUUACAAACGAAAUGAAACCAGGUUUUUUAAGGACCGACACUGGACAACGCGGGAGUUCCAGGAGUUGCUGGACCAACCGGAGACUGAAGGCGGGAAACGAAAUCUGUUUGAAGUUGGAUGCGGGGUGGGAAACCUCGUGUUCCCCCUUUUGGAGGAGCAAAAGAAUUACAAGAAUAGUGGCGAUAGGUUCUACUUCUAUGCCUGUGACUUCUCUCCCAGAGCUGUUGAUUUUGUGCGCUCAAAUCCGCUUUACGAUCCUGAACAGAUUACAGCCUUUCAGUGCGACAUAACCACACAACAGGUGCAUGAGAAUAUUGCGCCCGGAAGCCUUGAUGUGUGCACUUUAAUAUUUGUGCUGUCGGCCAUUCAUCCGCAUAAGUUCCAGGACGUAGUAGUGAACCUUUGGAAGCUACUCAAGCCGGGAGGCCUGGUGCUUUUUAGAGACUACGGGCUGUACGAUAUGGCCCAACUACGUUUCAAACCAGGCAACAAGAUAUCAGAUAACCUUUACGUGCGACAGGAUGGCACUCGUAGUUACUUCUAUUCCGAGCAGGAAGUAGCCCAGCUAUUCGUGGAGAACGGCUUUGAGGUAAUCACUAAUGCCUACGUCCAUCGGAGGACCCUCAAUCUGAAGGAAGGUAUCGAUGUGCCUAGAAUCUUUCUGCAAGGCAAGUUUCGAAAGAAAUCGACGUGACCACCAAGGACAAUGACCAUCAGUUACGUAUUUAGUUGUAUUUAUUUUAAAUCAAUAACAUGGUUCAAGUCAACGUUCAAUAAAUAUUUGUAUGUAUAUAUUAGUUUACACAUGUAUACAUAUAUGCUAAUAA